GAAAAGUACAAGCAUCCAUACAGCUCAUUUUCAACACUGAACCAUUACUCUCAAUUCAAAUUCUGUCUCCUGCAACCAUGUCUCCUCACGCUCCCCUUGCGCUCAUCACUGGUGCGACCCAGGGUAUUGGAAGGACUGUUGCCCAAAUCCUCGCCAGCAAGCACUCUUAUCAUGCAAUCAUUGCUGCUCGCAAUCCUCAAGAUGGAGAAGAGGUGGCGACCGACCUCCGCGAAGCAGGCCACAAGGCGUCAGUUGUCCAGCUGGACCUGAGCUUGCCUGAUUCAAUCCAAGGCACCAUUGCCAGCAUCGAGAAAGAGUUUGGAUAUCUUGAUGUUCUCGUCAAUAAUGCCGGCAUUUUGCUAGAUCAUAACCCUUCUCUCAACACUUGGGAUCUUUUCAGCAAGACCUUCACGACCAAUAUCAUCGGCACUGCUACCUUGACUGAGGGCCUGCUUCCACUGCUGCGGAAAGCAAAGGCUGGGCCGCCACGAGUCGUCUUUGUCACAAGCAUCAUGGGUAGCCUAGAGAGAGCGACCGAUAAGACGACUCCAUACUACAACAUCGACUACAAGGCUUACGAUGCGAGCAAGGCGGCAGUCAACAUGCUCAUGAUCAAUUACGUCCGGGAGUUGGACGGGGUUGGAGCUAAAGUCAAUUCGGUCUGUCCCGGACUGGUGAAGACUGCGUUGAACAACUUUAGCGAGUACGGUCAUAGCACGGAAAUCGGUGCGGAACGUAUCAUCGAGAUGGCCACCUUGGAUGAGAAUGGACCAACAGGAACCGUUAGUGACCGAAACGGACCGUUGCCCUGGUAAACAAGGUCUAUAGAAAGUAAUCCUGUGUAGUUAAGCUUCUUUAGAGUUUGAACAUUAGUGCAUCACCUGGC